AUGAUACUGGCACAAAUCCACGGCGGCAGCAGCAGUAGUCGUACGACCAAGACCGUCAUACCAGGGAUGAUUUCCCUGGAUCUCGCCGCCAAGGUGGCCAUGGGCGAUUGUGCGCUUAAAUGUGGCCGAAAGUUUGUCGGCUGGGUCAGAGACCCAAAGCCAAAGUCUGAGGAUGGGAGCGAGUUGGCGGAGCGAUGCCUUGCGCCUGAUCAAAUGGCCAAGAGGCUAGCCCUGCUGGAGGGCCUUUUGGGGGUGAAUGAGGAGAUUUGUCGAGGGGUUAGAGGUCGGAGGCUGGUAUGA